GCCGGCACCACGAGAGGGCAGGUAUCGAACACGUAUUUGUUGGACACCCGACGAGAUCCGACGAGACGACACGACACGACACGAGACGAUCGAUUGCACCGUGCGCUGCAUGCCCCCGAGCGACCCGACGGAAUCCGAUUCUUCGAACAACAACAACAACAACAACGACGACGACGACGACGAGCGCUCGAGCAGCAAGACCUUGAGCAGAAGCUUCCGUAGCGGCAACAGCUCCAGCAGCCUCUCGAGCAUUCCCCGGGAAGAUUCCCCGCUCUCGCGCCGUUCCCGACCGAACCACCGAUCUCGAUCCACGCAAGCGCAAGCGCAACCGCAAACUCCACCGCAAGGGCGAAGACCGAUGAACCGYACGAGCUACUCGUCCAUCCCGGCGGCCUCGGGCACGCCCCCCGACGCCCUUGACGGAAGUUCCCACGACCUCGAGGGCGGGCCUUCCGCAUCCCCCCCGGGCGCAAGGGAAGAAACCUUUGGGGACGAGGGAGAGGCCGGGACCACCACCCAACACMRAAGCCUCCCGGCGUUGACCUGGAGGGCCACCCCCGACCGCCGCAUCGGGCGCUACGAGAGCGUCCCGAAUCCUUCGGACGCACCARGAAGCACCACCGRCMRCAGYUGGUGCUGCUGCUCGGCCCUGGUGCAGACGGUCCUCGUCGUGGCGGCCAUGGCCCUGGUGGCGACGGCGGGCUUUCUGGUGGGGAGCGCCAAGCCGGACCUGCUGGUGGCCGUCCUCAAUUCCACCGCCGGGAUCGACAUCGACAUGGACGCUUCGGCGCUGGAGGCCGGUGCGGCGGGCCCCGGGGAGGUCGGCGUGUCCGAGGCAUCGCCCGGGGGCAACGAGACGGAAUCCGGCGGCGGCGACCGAGCCAGCGGGGCAAAGCGCGCGAAGAAGGCCUUCCGGGUCCGGUACGAUCCGUCCGCGGUCCUUUCCAACGAUUUCGUGUACGGCAGCAACGACAACGACAACGACAACGACAACCACCACAACAACCACCACAACGGCAAGGACGCCCCCUACCGCAAUCCCUUCGACUCACCCCCAAAGAGCGGCGACCCCGUCUUUGCGACGCCCCCCCACCCCUUUUCCACAGGGGGAAUCCCGGCCCCCGCGGGCUACCUCAAGAGCCCCCACCUGGCCGGGGACCGCCUGGUCUUUUUGUCCGAGGGGGACGCCUACGUGACGACCCUUUCGGGCGGUGACGGAGAUUCCUCCCUUCUCCCGGCCGCAAGGGUCACCACGACGGUCGGAAACGUCCUGGACCCCCGGUGGCACCCGACCCUCCCGCUCCUGGCCUACACGGCGACCUAUUCGGGCCGGAGGGAGGUCUACCUGCUGGACAUSGGCGUGUCGCGUUCGGCGCACCAAAGCGCCCGCAAGUCCCCCGUCCGCCUCACCUACUGGAACGUCGGGGGCGGCGUAAGCGGACUCGUCGGGUGGAUCGACACCGACACCGAAAACGCUUACGGAKGGGGCCCGGCCCUGGUCUUUCGGGCCUCCUCCAACGAGGCCUCCCUGCCGGACUACCGCCUCUACGUCCUGCGCCUCGGAAGAGAAAACGGCGGCACCGAGGGUUUCCCCUCGGUCGAGCCGGUCCCCCUGGCCCAGGCCACGGACGCGGCGUGGCACGGGGGCUGCUGGUACUUUGUCCGGGUCAAGCAGAGCUCCCAGACCAUUCGGUACGCCGGCGGGACGGCCGAGAACCUCUGGAGGUACUGCGAACGCAGCGAAAAGGCCGACGACGACGCCGCCGCCGCCUCGGGCCCCCUCCUGGCCGGCGACGACUACCGCGGGACCAGCAAGUCCCCGCAGAUCUACCGGCCGGACACCGGGGGGCCGGCCUACCUCUUCUUCCUGUCGGACCGGGGCCCCGGUCCGGAGGACGCGCAAUCGGCCCCCUCCUGGAUCCCCGACCGGAUGAACGUGUGGGCCCUCGCGCUGGUGGACGGCGGCGACGGCGACGGCCGAUCCUCCUACUCGCCGGCGGACCUGGUCAAGAUCACCGACACGGCCUGCGACUUUGAGGGCAGGACGGUCCGGGAGUUCACCGUCGACCGGGCCUCGGGGACCCUGGUGGCCCGGAUCGGCGCCGACCUCUAUGCGAUGCCCUCCGAGACGGUCCGGGCGAGGCUGGAGGCCGGGGGCAAGCAACGGCGGGAGCGCCGGCGGCUCGCACAAGACCGCGAGGACGAGGACGAGGUGGAGUACCUCCGCGGCGCCCGGGAAACCCCCGCGGUGUUUUCGACGGGCGUUCCCACCGCGGAAGACAACGACCAGAACGACGACGACGACGCGCAGGGCUAUUCCGCCACGUCGACGUCGACCUCCACGAGCGCCCCGUCCUUCGACGAAGAAGAAAGCGAGGAAGCCGCUUCCGCGUCCGGAGACGCCGUGCCCGCCGGUGCCGAGGCUCCCGUGGUCCCGGUGGAAACCGUGCCACCCACGGAGGAUCCGACCACGACGCCGCAGACGGCACCACCGACCGUUGCGCCGGUGGCGGUGGCCACGGAGGAAGACACCGGUGCCAACGCCAACAGCACCGCCGCCAACAGCACCGAGCCACCGGCCAGGUAUUACUACGACUUUGAGCCCCCGGAGCUCGUCCCGCGGACCGCGGAGGACACCGGGGAGGACCACUUCUCCGGCUCGUCCGCCGACCUGCGCCGCCUGCCCAUUGCGGUCUACUCCGACUUUGCCAACGACCAGGAACGCCUCGUCCCGGUGAACAUCCUCAAGCACUACACCUACGGGGACGUCUUUGAAACGCUCACCGGAGACACCCAGGCGCUCCUGACCCUCCGGGGCCAGGCCUGGGUCGCCCCGGUCGGCCCCGACGAGGCCAAGGCCUACAAGGAGGACGGGAAGAACCUCCCGGCCCGCCGGUACCGUCUCGGACCGGGGGCCACCACGGGCGGGUCCACCCGGAUCCUCGCCGCCCUCCAUGUCCCAAAUCCGGUCGAGGACGGGACCUCGGACCGGCGCCUGGCGGUCCUCCUGGCCACGGACCCCCUCACCCCCACGGCCGAGCACGCCUUUUACCUGGUGGAGGCCCAGCCGGGGGCCUCUCCGCUCUUUGCCGAUCCAAACAACCUCCCCAGGCCCUUUCUGGGGGGGAUGGUCUCGGGGGGGAGCACCAUCGACGGGGGCCUGGGGAGCGUCAAGACCGACACACUGGCCAUGAGCCCCUGCGGGAACCGCAUGGCCUGGUCGGACACGGACGGGAGGAUCGUCGCCAUGAACCUCCCCCACUACCAGGAGCCGGGGGACGGACCGCCCGAGCACGUCGUCCUCCCCAAGAGGAACGACCUCGGCGAGCCCAUGGUCGGGGACAGCGUCGACCUCCGCUUCAGCCCCGGCGGCCGGUAUCUGGCCAUCACCCACCACGCAAAGAACCGCUUCCAAACCAUCAGCGUCGCCGACCUCGGGGAUCCCCUGGCCGGGGAGGACAGGAUCGCCCCGAUCCGCCUCGGCCGCAUCGCCCAGGUGACGCCGGCGAGGUUCAACUCGUGGGCCCCCGUCUGGGGAACGACCCCCGCGGACGCCCACGACCACGCCCAGAACAAGACCAUGGCCAAGCUCCUGGAGGUCGACCCCCCGGACGACGUGGCGGCCACGACGCUCUACUUUUUGUCCGACCGGGACAUCAAGACCGACGUGACGAGCCCGUGGGGCUACCGGCAGCGGAUGCCCCACUUUGUCCAAAGCGCGGCGGUCUACGCCCUGCCCCUGGUUCCCGAGAACGGUGGCGAAAGCGAACCCGACCGGUCCCGGGCGGGCGGGCCCUUCCGCGGCGGAGGGGCGGCCGAGCUGGGCGUCGGCGCCCUCCUCGAGCGGAUGGACCUCCUGGAGGCCGUCCUCGACGACAAGGCGGCGACCAAGGCCCGUAGGCGGGAACGGCGCAGGCUCGCCGAGUCCCUCCAUCCCCUGGCCGGGGCCUUUGGCCACGCCAAGAAAGCCUUUGCCGACAAGAGGCGGCGGGUCCAGAAGGAGGAGGAAGCCGGCGCCGGUGAGGAAGCCGAAGCCGAGGACGACCAUUUGAGGGAGGCCGUCUUUGAGCAAGACAUGAACGUGGACUUUGGCCCGAGGGACCUGACCCUGGCCCGGACCGCCUACCGGAUCGCUUCCAUCCCGGAGGGCGACUACGACGACCUCCUGUGCCAGACCCCCACUGGUGACCUCGUGGCUUUUGGUGACUCGAAGCUCGUGGUCUUCCAGGCCGGCGCCUUUCCGUCCGACACGUACGAGGCCAAGCCCUUUGCGGCGACCUCGCGAAAGCUGGAGCUCGCCCGCGUGAGCUCCGACCGUAGGUCCAUCGUCCUAUUGUACUCUCCGGACGGCGCCAUCCGCGUGGUUCCCAACUCCGCCUCCGGCCUCGCGGCCCUGCAGGCCGAUGCGGUGCUCGACGACGGCGUCGUCGACUGGGACGGCCUGCACCUUAGCAUCUGGCCGACGCUGGAAUACCGGCAGCUCUACGACGACGCCUGGAGAAUGCUGAGGGACUACUUCUACGACCCGGGCAUGGCCGGCAUCGAUUGGCCGGCGAUCCACGGGCGCUACCUUCCGCUUGUCGAGCGGUGCUCCAAGCGGGAGGAAUUGGACGACGUCCUGAUCCAGAUGUCCUCGGAGCUGAGUGCCCUGCACGUCUUUGUCUACGGAGGGGAGUACAACUCCCCGAUCCACGGAGACAAGGCCCUGCGCUACGUGAACGAGGUGGGGAGCCUGGGAGCCGUGCUGAAGCGGAACCCCGCCUGGAAGGGCUACACGGUGGAGAGCAUCGCCGAGGCGGACCCGGACUUUGGCAAGAUCGACCAGUCCUCCACGAUCUACAGCCCCCUGAGCGACCGGUCCCUGCGACUGAGCGGCCAGAGGGGCCUGGAGGCGGGGGACGUCAUCGUCGGGAUCAACGGCGAGUCGAUCCUCUCCGUCCCCGACCCCCACAUGCUGCUGCGGGGCACCGCUGGCAGGAGCGUCAGGCUGGACGUCCUGCGGCUGGCCUCGGGGCCGUCGGAGCAGGACGGAAGCAGCGACGCAGCAGAUGCGGCGGCCGGCGAGAACGCCGGCGACGCCCCCGUGGAGUCUCUGAUCGUGGCGCCGCUGUCCCCGGACGACCACUCGAACCUUCUCUAUCGCGCAUGGGAGUGGAAGACGGAGCGGCUGGCGAAACAACUGGCGGAAGAGGCCGGGAUUUCCGUCGGGUAUGUCCACCUCAAGGACAUGUCGGGGGCCAGCGCCGAGGACGCCUUUGCCCGGGGCUUCUUCCCGAACUACCACAAGCAGGGAUUCAUCCUGGACGUGAGGCACAACCGGGGGGGCAACAUMGACUCAUGGGUGCUGGACGUCCUCCAGCGCAAGGCCUGGAUGUACUGGCAGUCCCGGGACUUUGACCCGGAAACCGGCGGCCUCGGGUGGGACGAACACUACGCCUUCCGGGGCCACCUGGUGGUCCUGGUGGACGAGAAGACCUCGAGCGACGGCGAGGGGGUUUCCCGGGGCAUCUCGGAGCUCGGUCUCGGCAAGCUGAUCGGGACCCGUACCUGGGGAGGGGGCAUCUGGCUCGCCAGCGACAACCGCCUGGUCGACGGGGGAAUCGCCAGCGCACCCGAGAUUGGCGUCUACAACGAGAACUGGAGCUGGGGGAUGGGCAUCGAGAACCUGGGGCUGGAACCCGACAUUGUGGUAGACAACGAUCCCCACGAAACCUACACCGGGAGGGACCGGCAGCUAGAAACGGCCAUCGAAGUCCUGAAGAAUUGGAUCGAGGACGAACCGAUUCCGAUCCCCAAGCCCAAGACCAAGCGCAAGGACGUGACCAUGGGUGACCGCGAGUGCGGGGCGAGGUGAAACAAACGACAAACAGGAAGCCCCGCGCUUUUGUAUGCUAAAAGCCGCUAACGUUGCGUGACCUAUCGUGUGUCGCACGAAAUCGAAUCCAAUCGAGUCGAAUCCGCGGGACGAGCAAUGCCAAUCCGUUUGUUCUUUCCCGCACGAAGGAUUCUACCGCAUGCCGCCUCAAUUAAGUAGGAAUAAAACCUAAGCAUAACACAUAGUUUCAAAACAGGACGAAAAACGGCACUUCGCGGUUUGGUGCCGCCAGAGCCGAGAACAUUGACAUGCACACGUUUUAAUGAGUUUUUUGGAAAAUUCCGUGCGCUCAGAAAUCAACAAGCCCGAAAAGGUUCUCUGACAGGAAACAUAUAAUAUGGACAUGUCAUACUUUAGUUGCCGGGAAUGAUAGCGUGAUGUGGGCAAGUCAGGGACCAUGUUGAUGUGGGAGUUGCAAAAAUGGUUGCACUCAACGCAUAUUUUUACUAUUUUGGCAACUAUAUUUGGCACGCAAGCCGUCCCUGGAGAGGUGCCAAUACGGCUGCAUAGUAGAAAUCACUACUACAACCCCAACCCCAACCCCACUUAAGAACCAACAAUCAAUCCGAUCAUUCUGGGAUAGCUUUUUGGGAUAGCUUUUUGGGAUAGCUUUUUGCUGUUGUUCCUGACAGUGUUGAUUUUGAUGUGUUUGCCGCCCCCGGUGUUGCGGCUGCUACCAGCACCAUCGCAAAUGUUGCCGGAAUCUUGUUCCUUGCUGCGGCAUUGCUUUAAGGACAGGAAGAGAAAGGAACAAGAAGAAUAAAAAAUUGAAUACAUGUGGAGCAAAAAGAUACAUUGGUCGCGCUGCCCGGCCCGCGUAAAACAAACCAAAAGAAAAAAAAAAUGCUGUUUGGCCGCCCCGUAAAACAAAACAAAAAAAAACCUGUGUACAUGCCAAUAAACAUAAAAGAUAAUA